UAUUUAACAAAUAUGGAAGCGCCUCUUUUUUUCCCCACGUUGCAUUUCGAAAAAAAAUAAAUGUUUUCAAUAGGCGAGGGAAAAAGUGAUAAAGCUGCUCACAACGCUCGUGACGUGAACUAACCAGCAGCCGUGAACACGAACAAAGGGUUGGUGUUGUGCUUUGUUUUUGAAGCGUAACUAUGUUUCAAGGCCUGACUUCUUAAACACACAGGUGCGCGUCUGAUGAAUAGUUUUAAACGUACGCAAGAAAGAGGUGGUGAUGGACGGCGCAGCCCUUCCCGAGGAGGACACCCCUCGCUGGAGUGUGGAGGAGGAGAUGUCCAACCAGCUCAUGUCCUGGUCCCUGGAGGAGGCCAGCUGCUGGGUGGCUCCAUUUGGAGACACGGGAGACCAGCUGUACGGCAUGGGGCUUCCUGGGCAGGGUACCAAAACAGAGAAACAAGAGGACAAACAAGUUGAGACAGAGCCAUGGACAUUAGAGACGGCAGUCAACACUGAGGAGAACUGGGAGUCAUUGAUGAAGUCAGUGGGCGAUUACAGUGCACAGCUGAGCCUGAGGUAUGAGGCUUUACACAAAGAGCAGGAGGUGGAGCAAGUGAAAGAUGAAAGCCAAAUGAAGCUCCUGGAGCUCAAGAGGGAAGAUGCCAUACGGCAGCAGCAGGCGCUGAUUGACAAGAUGGAGUCCCUACAAGUGAAGCUCAAAUUGAAUUGCUACAAGACCACACGCAAGAACUUCAGUGCCAAGAAGGCAGAGCUGUCUGAAGAACGGGACCGGCUAAAGGAGGACGCAAACAGACUAUCUGUGGAGCUGGAGGAUGCAGACAAAAAACUGGCAUCACUAGUAAAAGAGCAGACUGAGGAAAGCGACACGUUACAGCGCGAGAUUGCCGAUUUGCACAAGGAGAUGAAUCGACUGCAAAAAGGGUAUGAGGAGGCCAGCCAAGCCGCUCUAAAGGAUGAGAUAUCUGCUGUGGAGAUGCAGCGUGAAGCAAGUAUCUCUCAAGUGGAGGAGUGGCUAGCAAGUGCCCAGCGAUACCUCGAUAUGCUCCGGAGGUCAGACGCCUCCCACCAGAACAUGCAGCGCAGGCUGGAAUGGGAAAAAAAAGUAGCAGCUGCCCGCAGCAGCCUGGGGAACUUGCAGCGCAGUUUCAAUGAGCAGCUGCAGUUCCUCCGCCAAGGUGAGCAGCUGGACAGCCUUGUCCCUGUCACGCUGCCCUCUCUUCCCCACAUCCCCUCGCUUGAAUUUCAGAUGGGCCUUCCUGCUUCAUUUGCACCAAUGCACAUGCCUCCCGUCUUCAUUCCUUCCCCUGCGAUUGUACUUCAGCCUCAUUUCCCAUCAGCCGCCACCAAUUCCAGUCACGCUAGAUCAAACUCCAAAUCUGGAACUCCGGCCCAUCAGCCUGUAGCCUCAACAGUCCCUCACACCACCCUUUUAAACAAAUUAAACACCCCUUCAAGACCCCUGUCCCCUGCCAAGCCUGCUCCCGUUGCACAGCCUGCUUCGGCUCCCGCCGACACUGCACAGCCUGCCGGUUUACUCGACAAACUGUUGGAGAAGCUGGGGGCCCGAUUCCCACAUUGCAGCAGGAACCAGCUCAUGUCUGCGUUACAGCAAAUCAAAUCAGCUCGGGGCACCAUGGCAGGCCUCUCCAUUGAGGAUCUCACCCAGCAGGUAGCACAGAGACUGGCCCAGACAGAGAAACCGGCUUUAGGUCCAAUUGGGCCUCUUCAGCAUGCCCAGCGGCCCACGCGUCCUACACAAGGAUCUGCUGCAGCCCAUGUCUUUGACAUUAGGACCUCACAGAACGUGACUUCCAACAGUCGCAAAUUGUGCCUGAUGUGCCAGAACCAGGUGGAGGCUGGAACCCAGCACAAUAUGAGCUGCUCCCACAUCGUGCACAAGGAGUGUAUCAGCUUGUGGCUGCAGUCCAGCAAGAACAACUCCUGUCCCUUCUGUCCAUCCAAGUGACCAAAUUCCAGGAAGAAGUUUGGAGGUUUGAGGAAAAUCUCUGAACGAAUCUGUAACAAGACGAAUGUGUUUUUGUCUUUUCUUCUCUUUUGGCCACCUGCUCAUUUUCAAAAUUGUGUAAUGGCAGAUCAUUUGAUGAAUUGAUACAGAAAUGUUGUCCAAUUUCAGUUCUUUAAAUUAGGGGUGGACUCUUUAACCCAAUACGCUUUAAUGCUGUAUUAUAGACUUAUUUAACAUAAUUUGUCACUUUUUUCUUAUUUGAAAUUCAAGUAAAGUACUGCUUUCAUUAAUUUUGAUCAGCCAUGUUUGAAUGUCUUCAAGUGUCAGUAGGAAUAAAUUUCAAAGAAAUUUACUUGAGACCUCUGAAGUUUUUUACAUUUGCUUUAACAGUGCAGUGGUUCUUAGAAUUUCUUAUGGAUAAAUGAUGUAAAACCAUGUUUUAUUUCUGAAUCCAUUUUUAGUGAUGUCAGUUAUCAGUUUGCACAGUUUCAUAAAGCUAAUAGAACAUCAUUGGGUCUUUAACAGACUCCCAGUAGGUUGUUGUAGGGUUGAUUUUAAUAUUAAUGCAGCUCAGAUGUUUCAGUGACCCUACACAGUUACUUAGCCAAGUUUAUACAAAUAUUAGAUGUUACCUCGAUUUUGGUUGGAAAGCACCUAUGACUAGAGUUGAUUUUCACUGUCAGUGAAUGCACCACAUUCAAGGGGCUUAAUUUUUUUAAUUUUUUUUUUUAACCCAAGAAUUAAAAGUAAUUUAGGGGCUUCUUUCUAGUUGUCCUCCUGAAACAGACAGAUGCAUUGCUAAAAAGACACUUGAUCACUGACAGGGUUUCACUUUUCAUAGCUCUGUGGCUUUGGCAGUAUUGCAGCUGUACUCUUGGCCUCUUUGCUGACAGCUGUCUUCUCUCAGUUUAAUACGACAUCCCGAGUUUGGCUACGUUUGGGUUGUACUUUAAUUUCUGCUAGGAAAGUUCAAAGCUUUGCUGCCAAUUUUUAACUGUUUCUUUGUCACGUAUGACUUCAUUAAUGUUUUAUUAUAAUGGCAAAGUACGACUGGGGCUCAGUGUAUGCUGUUUAAUAAAUGCAUGCACCAUUCUUCAUCCUGUUAUUGAUCACCAAUAUUCAAACUCAAGAGACAAACUGUAAGCACUGUGGAAAUGAGGUGAAUUAUUCUGGUGCCACAUUUUGAAUUUGUUUUAAUUUCUUCUGAUAUUUACACAGAAGCUACUCCGAGUGGCACGGGGACAUUUGCAUUAGCUGUUAUUGACUGUGACGUAGUGGUUACUGUUAUGACUUUUUUCACCUUUUUGUCUUGUAUUUUAAAGGUAGUCAUUGACUAUUGACUUACUGACCACAAGAAUGUUACACACUGAUUAAUUUUUAAUGGGGCCAAUUUUAUUUAAUUUGAUUACUUUGUACAACCAAAAGAGAAAUUCAAAUUAAGGUGAUUUCAUAAUGUCAGGUGUGCCUGACUUUUGAUCCCAGGAUGUUACCAACUAUACAAGAAACAGAAAAAUAACAAUGGAAAAA